GAAUCGUUCGAGCGAUACUUCCUAUCGUGCGUCACAGUUUAUACGAUUACCAGUUUCAAGUAUCGGACUGUAAACUGCAUGCCUUUAGAGAACGGAAAAGUGUUACUGCAAACGAGAGCGACAGUCAUCCCCAAAACCGUACAAUCUUAUCUUGGCGCAACGGGUAGAUACACUGCGGUUUCUCGUGCAAUCGAUUGAGUGGGUGGAUCGUUUUCAAUCACCUUCAACACUUGAAAAGCCAUGGAUCGUUGGGCCGGAAAAGUCGCCGUGGUAACUGGAGCGAGCUCAGGAAUCGGUGCCGCGAUUGUCGAGGGCCUCGUCGAGGCCGGAGUUCAGGUCGUGGGACUGGCGAGGCGUUUGGAAAAGCUGCAAGCUUUGGCGGCGAGCCUCGAAGGGACUCCGGGGAAGCUUUACCCCAUAAAGUGCGACGUCCGGAAGGAAGAAGAGCUGCUGAAUGCCUUCAAAUGGGUGAAGGCCGAACUCGGGGGCGUCGACAUUCUCGUGAACAACGCCGGUAUCUCUAAUUCCAAAAAAAUCAUAGACGCUGACGUCGAUUCCCUUCGCAGUAUUCUUGAAGUGAAUGUACUCGCUAUGGCCAUAGCCACCAGAGAAGCCGUCGCUUCGAUGAAGAGCCGUGACGUCGAAGGUUACAUCGUAAACAUCAAUAGCGUUACCGGGCACAUAAUUCCCACCUUCGAUGGUUUUGCAUCAAGUAUAUACGUACCCAGUAAACACGCCGUCACUGCGCUGACUGAAACGGUCCGAAUGGAGCUCGCCACCGACCCCAAGAAUAAAAUAAAAAUAACGAGCAUCAGUCCUGGAUUCGUUGAGACGGAUAUCGUUCACGCGUCAAACGUCCCGAAUGCUGAUAACUUCUUCGAAUCAAUUCCCCACCUUGAUGUCAAGGAUGUGGUUAACGCCGUAUCUUACGUUCUGGGAACCCGAAAUAUUGUUCAGGUGACAGAAAUCAUUAUUCGCCCUGGUGGCGAAUCGAUUUAGGUGCAAUCCUUCCAUGAAAUGUUUAAUAUUGUAUCAUCGAUUAUAAAUUGUCUUCUCAACUA